AUGUCGUCGAAUGCGAGAGGAUCAAAGGUGCAGGAACACCCAAGACACCUCGCCCAGGCUCUGGCUCGCCUCCAUGCUGUGAAGCGCAAACUUGAAUUGCCGCCUGGCAUGAGAUACCUCUCGACCCCGGGUACCAACUUUGAGAGUGCUGUAUACGCAUUAGCAAUUGGCUGGGCCGCCGACCCUCAGAAUACACGACCCCUGGAUUGGUCAAAUUUGAGUGUGGAGAAGAUGACUUACGACUUCCUCAAAUCUCCCUGCAAUAUCAAGAUGGUCGAACACAUGAAAAAGACAGCGAUCGACUUCGAUCCUGAAUGCCACACGGACCCCGAUGUUGUCUGCGCGCUGAUCAAGGCCUGGAAGCCGCGAGGCCCGGCAACGUUGGACAUCUUCAUCGUCUGGGAAAAUGGAUAUAUCGUUGUUCCAGCACUCUGCGACGGUGGCGAGGCAUCAAAGCAAAUCUACAUUCGCCGGAAUAGUAAUCGUUGGGAAGGCUCUGGUUACUUCCAAGACCCGGUCCAUCUACGAGCAGCGCACAGCCUACCAGUACUAUGUCCGCCAUCUCACAGAUCGACAUAG